AUGAACGAAAAGAUAUUGCUGCGUCUUUUCACCUAUCUCAUUUUCCGAUUUCUACAUCUAUUAUUUCUAUUGGAAUCCGAUAUUUAUGCUCUUGUAUUACGGUUAUUUGACAAAAAGAACAACGGGGAUGAUGAAGUGGAGGUGUUUAAUAUAUUUGCAAGACACCGCUUUGAUUGCACCGACGUGACAAGAGAAUCUGAUUUCUUGUCAUUCCAUGAGAAAAGUACAUUAUUUGAGGAGAUUUGUGAGGAAGGUUGGUUCAUCUACAGUAUCACUGACCGAUAUGUCUACUUUGUGAAAAUCAUUCCAAUCGAAGAGGAUAAUUUUGAAACUACCAUAUCCAUUGAAAAAUGCUCAAAACUUUCGAAUUUUCUCUAUCAAAAUGCGGAAAAACUGGCACGAUGCCAGCUGGAUACAUUUCAAAGAAUCACUAAAAAUAUGCCAGCGUCUCGGAGUAAAGUCUUGAUUAUCCACUCGCCGCCGAGCAGUGGAGGGACUACUGUAGGGAAGCUGUUGCAGAGUUGUGAUGAAUCAAAGUUGUCGUUACUGGUUAUUGGUGAGCCUCCUUUCCUGACCUCCUUAUCAUUGCUCUUCAACAAGCUAUCCGUUGAAGAACUCCGAAGUCUCUGUAAAUCCACUCUUCGUUUCUCCACAAUGCAUCAGAAAUCCCAACAAACGAUAGUCUUCAAAUCGAGGUCCUCAUGCACUAAAAUAGUUCCGUUCAUCCAUUCGGCAGUCCCCUCCAUUCAACAUUUUUUCGUGACUCGAAAAAAUUCAAAUGAUAUUAUUUCUCGACUUAUAUUGAAGACCUCUAGUGAAUUCAACUUUCCAAUGUUUUCAUUUUUACUAAAAUUCGGACAGCAUCUUGAUAUGGGAUGGUUGUCCAGUUGGAAAGAAUUAGAAAAUGAGACUUUUACUCGGGUUGGGCCAAAAAAUGAGCUGGAAUUUGCAAUGGCUCAAGUCUAUGGGUCGAUUAUGAACUAUAGAAGAAAUCGACAGUACUUUGUGCAGGACGUUCUGUUUGUAGAAGAUUUGAUCUCUGACACCGCAACCAUGAUCCGUCCGCUCCUUGAUCUCUGUGAGAUUUCCGAUCUAGCUAUUCCAGAAUGUAUUGAAUGGAAACGAAAUGCGGAUGAACAGAUCCAACAAGUAUGGGAUACUGUAGAUUUGCACUCCGAAGACGUGGCAAGAGUCGGUUGUUUGGCAGAGUUGUUGGAGCAAGAUGUAUUUUUCUUUUAA